AUGGAUAUUGUGGAUAUAAUGCAAAUAUUGGGAUACGUAGGUGUCUUUAUAGCUGGUUUUAUACUUUUGUUCAUGCAAAAGGGGAAGCCAAGGAUAUGUGGACAUUAUACGCAACCAGAAUGGAACUUUUUCCUUAAACGCUGGUACGCCCAACGAAUCGUGCGAAAAAUCAAAGAAAAUCAACAUUCACUGCUGAAAUACGAGAAAAAUUACGAUUAUGAGAAUCCAAAAUUAUUACCGAGCUCCAAAAGUUCUGAAAGUCAAUUUAUUUACGGCUGUGAUAUGAACGGAAAUUUUCUUCUUUUGAAGUUUACGAGAUUUCAACAUCGCAUUGCCGAGAUUUGGCUAGUGCUUAAAUUUGAAGAUGGAACAAUUUUAACCUUGCCUGAACAUCCCGACACUCUUGUCUGUAACGGUACUCCAAACAAAUUCGAAGCUCAUGGCUUGACUUUGGAAAAUCUCGUUCCUUACUCAAAAUGGCGAAUUCGCUUUAACGGUCUCUUACGUCGCGGAAUUCGCACUGAAUUUUCCGAGGAAAUCCACGAAAGUGAUCUCGAGUAUGUGAAAUUCAACUUUUUAUGGAAUGCGUGUUCUGUGCCUCAACAUUGGCCUUUCGACUGGAGUCCCAAACUAAUGGCGACAGCAAUUGCUUUGGAGCCAUGGCGUGAUGGAAAUUGGAAAAAUAUGCUCAAUAAAGCGGAUUCCGGUGGUUAUGAUCAAUUUGGAGCUCUUAAGGGACGAGUUUUCAUUCAAAAAGAAAAAUUAAAUUGGAAUGACGCUUUAAACUCGGAAAAACUCGAGAAAAAUUUCACCCAAAUCGAUCUCAACUUACCUGGAAUUCGUCAACGUCGAUGGGGUCCCAGCAAAACCUCACAUCUCCAUCGCACAGCUUCCUUUGUCGGAGUUUUGCAAGACGGAGUGGUUUUUGAAUGUGGUGCUAUUAGUUCGAGAACAGGACUAACUCACUGCCAAUUUGGAAAUUUUCGAACUCCAACGGGAAAAGUUUUUCCAAUUGACUGGACUGACUUUCAUUUAUCGAAAUUUGCAGAAAAUUCGGAGGAAUUACCCGAGUCAGCUACGAUUAAUUUGAAAGCUAAUGGGCGUCGUUUUCAGCUUCAAGUGAAAUUCAACACGGAAAAUUGUGUUCCUUUAAUGGGAGGGAAUCCGUUCAACUGGAUCGAGUACAAUGUGCCGUUUGAGUGCACGACAUAUGAUGGGCAGAAAGGAUGCGGUAUGGCGAUGUUUUGGUAUCCAAAGAGACAAGAAAAAUUCUUGCAUUAUCGGGAUUUUUUGCGAGUUAAGAGAGUGUUUUAUCGGCAUGACAUCGAAACACAAGAGUUCUAA